AUGAAUGACGCGAGACUAGAAGACUUGGGUAAGAAGUUAGAGUUGUUGGUGGAAAAUCUCCUUCCACCACAAGAUGGGAUUCUAGGCAGUGCUCUAAUGGAAGGUCCUUUAGAGACAGGAUUGAGCAGCAGAUCUUGGCUAGGAGAGAACAGGGAGGUCCAUGGUAGUAGAAAUCUGGGCCAUUCUUCACAAUCUCGAGUUGACAUUCCUUAUUUUGAAGGGGUGGAUCCUUGUGCGUGGUUGAGAAAGUGUGAGAGGUUCUUUCAGCACAACAACAUCACUGAUCCUCAGCAGAAAUUAGAAGAAGCAGUCAUCCAUCUCAAUGGUAAGGCUGAGCCAUGGUACUUUUCCUAUCACAUAAGCAAGGGAGUAGUUAGAUGGUCAGAAUUUACUACUGAAAUCUGUAGCAGAUUUGAGGGUGCAUCUAACCGCAAACUCAAUCUAAUUGGAGAAUUUAAAAAAAUAGAGCAAACUGGAACAGUCGAUGAGUACUUGGAAAAGUUUGAAGAGCUAAAAGCAUGGGUGUUGAUUAGAAAUCCCACUAUCCCUGAAGAAUUUUUCUUAGAAUUCUUCAUUGAAGGACUAAAAGAAGAAAUUAGACAUACAGUAAAGAUGUUGGAUCCUUAUUCUUUUAAUAAGGCAGUGAAAAAGGCUAGACACAAGGAGAACUUGCUAACAACUAUUACUAAAGGGGGGAAAAAAUGUGGAGAAAAGUACCACCCUGGGCAUCAGUGUAAGCAGAGACAGUUGAAUGCUAUAUCUGCUGCCCAAGAAGAGACUAUAGAAGAGAUAAGGGAACAAGAGGAGACUAUGCUCAUUCCAGAAGAAGAAAUAGUAGAUGAAGCAAUCAGUUUGAAUGCCCUAUCUGGAACAGAGGUUCCCAAUACCAUUAAGCUAAGGGGAGAGUCCAAGAAGAACUCCUUAACUAUCUUGUUGGAUUCAGGAAGUACACAUAGCUUUUUGGAUAUGGAAGCCGCCAAAAGAACUGGAUGUCUCAUUUCUGAGGCUGUGACUAUGAGAGUCACGGUAGCCAAUGGCAACUAUCUCAUGAGUUUGUACAUCUGCCACAAGUUUAAGUGGAGGAUUCAAGGAGUAGAAUUUGAAGAUAAAGUCAAGCAGUUGUUAAAGAAAGGACAGGCUAUUUGGUCACACCUGUUCACUUUAUCAGCUGAAGAGGGAUCAGAAGCAAGAGAGUUACCUGUGGAAAUUGAGGGUGUUCUGAAGAAGUAUCCAGAUGUCUUUUUGGAGCCAACUUCAUUACCACCAAAAAGAGCUCAUGAUCAUUUGAUUCCCCUGAAAACAGAUGCAAACCCUGUAAGUAUCAGACCUUACAGAUACAGUUUCUUUCAAAAAAAUGAGAUAGAAAAGCAAGUUAAUGAAAUGCUCCAUAAUGGUAUAAUACAACCUAGCCAUUCUCCCUUUUCAUCACCUGUUCUGCUAGUCAAGAAAAAGGAUGGGAGUUGGAGGUUUUGCAUAGACUAUAGGGCUUUGAAUAACAUGACCAUAAAGGAUAAAUUCCCUAUUCCUUUAGUUGAUGACUUAAUGGAUGAGUUGUGUGGGUCAUGUAUCUUCUCUAAAAUAGAUCUAAGGGCUGGUUAUCAUCAAAUAAGAAUGGGAGAGAAUGACAUUUAUAAAACUGCUUUUAGGACUCAUUUCGGGCAUUAUGAGUUCAAGGUCAUGUCUUUUGGCUUGACCAAUGCACCUGCUACUUUUCAGUCUCUCAUGAACCAUGUGUUCAAGGACUAUAUCAGGAGAUUUGUAUUGGUGUUUUUUGAUGACAUCCUCAUAUAUAGCCCUUCCAUGGAAGAGCAUGUAACACAUUUAAACAGUGUGUUAGGAGUCCUCAGAAAGGAAUAG